ACUGUGCUAGAACUCUCUCCUCAAGCAGGUGAAGAAGUGUUUGGAUCUCUGCUGUUCCCACAACGGGAGCAUUUCCUUGUUAUCCUAAAGGCAGCUCAUUACAGAGUUUGACCCUUGCUGUCCUCUCCCUCCCUUAAAACUCUCACAUUCGUCUCUUUUCCUUGUGUUACUGCCGAAAGAAUGCUACUGUUGAAAGAAUGCAAACUACAGUUUUUCUGUCUUGUGAGCAUCAUUCAAAAGCACUCCGCCCAUCCGUGAAUUAUUCUCUGACUCUUCAAUCAGGGCAGUGUUACAGGUCCUCUGCUGGCAGGAGGGAGCACUCCAACAAUAUCUGAAGACCCAAAAUCUUUCAGAAGCUGUGACGAGCAGACUAGGAAGCCACAAAACAUUGCGAACUGAAUGGAUGUCUUAAUAAGCUUUUAGAUGUGAUUUGGCCAGUAUUGGCAGAGGAAGCUCAAGGGAAAAAGGCAGCAAGCUUUGUAACGUAACGCUGCAGACCCACUGGGCGUGACAACCCUGGGAAGCUAAUGAUCUCUCCAGGAAAGAAUUGACUGCAGUUAUCCAGCAACAAAACACGAUGUAGAACAGGGGGGCCAGACCCUCGGAUGUCUUGAAGAUGGCAUAGUAAUAAGGCAUCUUCCAAUGAUCACGAGCACCUGUACCCGUGGGUGCCCGGGCCAGUGGCAUCGUGUGGAGCUGAAGGGACGUGUCUGCUCCUGUCCGGAAACCUCUCUCUCUCCUAAUUCAUGAGCCAGCAGGAUGCGGUCGCUGCACUUUCAGAACGACUUCUCAUAGCUGCGUACAAAGGCCAAGCGGAGAAUGUGGUUCAGCUCAUCAACAAGGGUGCCAAGGUAGCAGUUACCAAGCAUGGCCGGACCCCUCUGCAUCUUGCUGCCAAUAAGGGCCAUCUUUCUGUGGUUCAGAUCUUGCUGAAGGCUGGCUGCGACCUCGAUGUCCAGGAUGAUGGGGAUCAGACCGCCUUGCACCGGGCCACAGUGGUGGGGAACACCGAGGUCAUUGCAGCGCUUAUCCAGGAGGGCUGUGCCCUGGACCGACAAGACAAGGACGGGAAUACGGCUCUGCACGAAGCGUCCUGGCAUGGUUUUAGCCAGUCCGUCAAGCUCCUCGUUAAAGCAGGAGCCAACGUGCUUGCCAAGAACAAGGCAGGGAACACAGCCUUGCACCUGGCCUGCCAGAACAGCCACUCCCAGAGCACACGCGUCCUCCUGCUGGGCGGGUCCCGAGCCGACCUCAAAAAUAACGCAGGCGACACCUGUUUGCACGUUGCCGCGCGCUAUAAUCACUUGUCCAUCAUUAAGCUCCUCCUCAGUGCUUUCUGUUCUGUCCAUGAAAAGAACCAGGCUGGAGACACAGCACUUCAUAUUGCUGCUUCCCUAAAUCACAAGAAGGUGGUUAAAAUCUUACUGGAAGCUGGAGCGGAUGGGACCAUUGUUAAUAAUGCAGGACAGACUCCGCUGGAGACUGCCCGCUACCACAAUAAUCCGGAAGUUGCUCUUCUCCUCACUAAAGCUCCCCAGGUCUUGCGCUUCAGUCGUGGACGGAGCCUGAGGAAAAAGAGAGAGAGGCUCAAGGAAGAGAGGAGAGCUCAGUCUGUGCCAAGAGAUGAGGUGGCACAAAGCAAGGGAAGUGUCUCUGCAGGAGACACCCCUAGCAGUGAACAGGCUGCACCCAGAAAAGAAGAGGCCAGAGAAGAUUUCCUGUCCGCCUCCCCAGAGCCCCAGGCAAAGGACGACAGGCGGAGAAAGUCAAGGCCCAAGGUGUCAGCAUUUUCUGAUCCCACCCCACCUGCAGACCAACAGCCUGGACACCAGAAGAACUUGCAUACUCAUACUCACCCUAAAAAGAGGCCCAGGCAUCGAUGUUCAUCUCCACCCCCUCCCCACGAGUUCAGAGCGUACCAGCUGUACACACUGUACCGGGGCAAGGAUGGGAAAGUGAUGCAGGCCCCAAUAAAUGGUUGUCGAUGUGAACCCCUAAUCAACAAACUGGAGAAUCAGUUGGAGGCUACCGUGGAGGAGAUCAAAGCAGAGCUGGGAUCGGUUCAGGAUAAAAUGAAUACUAAGCUGGGGCAUAUGGAGAAUAGGACCCAGCACCAAAUACGUGUUCUGGACAAGCUGAUGGUUGAGAGACUCUCAGCAGAGAGAACGGAGUGUCUGAACCGCCUGCAACAGCACUCAGACAUGGAGAAGCAUGAGGGAGAGAAACGACAGAUGUCCUUGGUGGAGGAAUUAAAAACGUGGUGCAUGUUAAAGAUCCAGAAUCUGGAACUGAAGCUUUCUGGAGAUUCCAGGGCCUCUAGGGCUAAGUCCACACCAUCUACUUGCGAGUCCUCUACAGGUGUGGAUCCAUCAGUGGUGACUGCAGGUCCAGUAGCAGCUUCUGACAGUUCCCCUCAGGUGGUUAGGCCCAAGGAAAAGGCCCUCAACUCCACUGUUACCCACAGACUCCAGCAGGAGCUGUCUUCUUCAGACUGUACGGGCUCCCGGCUGAGGAAUGUCAAGGUCCAGACAGCCCUGCUACCCUUGAAAGAGGCAGCCAGAUGUGAUCAGCAGGCUGGGCCCUGUGUAGACAGAGGCACCCAAACUAAGAAGUCUGGGAAGAGUGGGCAGACAAGGCAUCGAGCCCAGCAACCAGCACCCAGCACCUCCUGUGGGCAGCCACCACCAGCAACAGGCAGUGAGCAGAGUGCCUCUCACAUUCGAGACACCUCCCAAGCUCUGGAGAUUACCCAGUAUUUUUUUGAGGCUGUCGCUACCCAGAUGGAAAAGUGGUAUGAAAGGAAGAUUGAAGAAGCACGAAGCCAAGCCAGUCAGAAAGCCCAGCAAGACAAGGCCACGCUGAAGGAACAUAUUAAAAGUUUAGAAGAGGAGCUUGCUAAACUGAGGACUAAGGUGCAGAAGGAGAAUUAAGGCCUGGGAAGUGGCACAGGAAAAGAUGCUUGAGGAUUUCUAGUUUUCCAGCUGCAGGAUAACUACGCCCAAGGUGUCAUUUACUGUGCAUGUAGCAGACUUGCCUUUAAAAAAAAAAAAUAAUCACUGAUUUCUAAAAUGUUCCAGCCACAUGUUUUCUAUGCCCUGAAGUUAUGAAGACUUUAACAAUUAAACUGAAUCCAGGGGAAGCUUGCUUAGUAUUGGGUUUCAUUACAAACUUAAAACCUCAGUCCAAGUUCAUCUGAAGUUCAAAAGCUCAGAUUAAGCAAGCCACUAAGAAACUGAAUGACGUGUAAGCCUAAACUCUAAAAUUCAGGAUGUACUAAAUAAUAUAAAUCAAAAGCAAGAAAAAAAGUUAAUCCCUUAUGAACUCAAAUCAAGUAGUCCUUCACAUAAACACACCUGCUGUGCCUAGACAAGAGUAUCUUUCUGUAAGAGCUGAAACUGAGAUGUGCUAUACUCUCUCAAAUGUAUAAUUCUCAAAGUGCUGACAUUUCAACCAGGCGAAAAUUUACCAAAUAGAUUUUGAGAUUUUCAUGAUGUCACAAGAUCCAAUAUAUCUGAAAAGAAAAUGUUUUGAAAAGCCAGAGUGUAUUGAAAUAAUGGGUAAUUGACUAGUAGCACUGGGAAUGUUUGUCAGUAAUGAACUCAAGUGAGAAAGGUUCACAUGAUUUGGUCAUAGUUUCUGUGUUUUCGGCGAAAAUACAGAAAUACUACAGUAGAUUAAUACUAGUGAUUUUAAAGCACAUUAAUGGAAAAAAGCAUUUACGUAACAAUUACCAAAUAUCUUAAGUAUCUUUCUGAAUUCGAGAUUAUUGGUCUGCAUUUUAUAAAGAAAUGAGGCUAUUUCUGGAAAGUAUUUCGUUUUUAAUUGAGUUCUGUCAUUGAGGAACCUCAAAAGCUUUCCACUGCUUUGCAGUGACUAUGUCAAGGUAAAUCAAUGCCUUGAUUUAGACCCCACCAUUGUGCAACUUCACGGCUCCCUAAGGAUUUUACUCUCUGCUCUAUGGAAUACACCAAGUUGUAAAAGCAGCUUGGGUGUGUUGCAACUUUGAACUUAAUUAUCUUCCAAACUUCUUGUCCCUUGGAAUGUGGGAUUAUAUUCACCUCCUCAAAAUUCCAUGUAUGUAUAAAAAUGUCAGUUCUAUUUCUAGAAACACAGGAACUAAGGAAAGAUUGUUAUUUUGACUAAAAUGUUGCUCAUUGAGCCAAAGAGAAAAGAAUGACUUUUUGACAUGGAAACACCCAGAAAAAUAAAGUAUGCUGUUAGUCCCUGA